UGCCAGUAUAAAACGCUCGAUGGCAUUUUCUCGCAUUUAAAGCUCGGAAGGUGAAAGCGCGCUACCGCUGCGCCGCUGCCCCUCACCGCGGAGCACGGCGGAUCCACGGCAUCAGUUUCCCGAGUGAAUCCUUGGCUCCAGACAUUCUCUGCUGAAGGAUGAAUUAGAAGGGCAAGGCCUCUCCCUCUGAACCAUGGAGACAAGGGCGUCUUUCAUCACCACCAUGCAAGAGACCCAGCAUCUCUCCCCAGAGGAGGGUCAAAGCCCAGCUAAUGGCAACAUGGAGCAGUUUGAUUCAGAUGAGGGCUCCAGUAUUGAGGAUGCAGACUUCAACUGGGAUGAAUUCCUGGAGGAAACAGGAGCAAGUGCUGCUCCCCACACCUCCUUCAAACAUGUUGAAAUCAGCCUUCAAAGCAGCUUCCAGCCAGGGAUGAAGUUAGAAGUGGCCAACAAGAACAAUCCAGACACAUACUGGGUGGCUACGAUCAUUACAACGUGUGGACAGCUCUUACUGCUUCGUUACUGUGGCUAUGGAGAUGACCGCAGGGCAGAUUUCUGGUGUGAUGUGAUGACAGCAGAUCUUCACCCAGUUGGCUGGUGUACACAGAAUAACAAGGUCCUGAUGCCUCCAGAUGCAAUCAAGGAGAAAUACAUGGACUGGACAGAGUUCCUCAUACACGAUUUGACCGGCGCCCGAACUGCACCUGCAAAUUUACUGGAAGGUCCUCUGCGAGGAAAAAACCCUGUAGACCUCAUUACAGUUGAUUCCUUAAUAGAGCUGCAGGAUUCCCAGAACCCCUUUCAGUACUGGAUAGUUAGUGUGGUUGAAAAUGUUGGAGGAAGAUUACGCCUUCGCUAUGUGGGAUUGGAGGAGACUGAAUCCUAUGACCAGUGGUUGUUUUACUUGGAUUGCAGACUUCGACCAGUCGGUUGGUGUCAAGAGAAUAAAUACAGAAUGGAUCCACCUGCAGAUAUCUAUUCUCUGAAGACUAUAUCUGAGUGGAAAUGCGCUCUGGAAAAAUCCCUAAAUGAUGCAGCAAAUUUUCCUCUUCCAAUGGAAGUGUUCAAGGACCAUGCUGAUUUAAGAAACCACUUCUUUGCUGUGGGGAUGAAGCUGGAGGCGGUGAAUAUGAGGGAGCCAUUUCAUAUUUGUCCUGCAUCAGUGACCAAGGUUUUUAACAAUCAUUUUUUACAAGUGACCAUUGAUGACCUGAGACCUGAACCCAGCAAAAUCUCAAUGCUUUGCCAUGCAGAUUCCUUAGGGAUCUUGCCAAUACAGUGGUGCCUUAAAAACGGAGUCAAUCUCACACCUCCCAAGGGUUACUCUGGUCAGGACUUUGACUGGGCAGACUACCAGAAGCAGUGUGGAGCGGAGGCAGCACCUCACAUGUGCUUUAGAAACACAUCCUUCAGCCGUGGCUUUACUAAGAACAUGAAGUUGGAGGCAGUGAACCCUAGGAACCCUGCAGAGAUAUGUGUUGCUUCUAUCACCUCGGUUAAAGGACGAUUAAUGUGGCUUCACCUUGAAGGUUUACAGAUGCCUUCUCCAGAGUAUAUAGUUGAUGUAGAGUCGAUGGACAUUUUCCCUGUUGGCUGGUGUGAAGCAAAUGCUUAUAACCUAACUCCACCACGCAAAGAUGUUUUGCGACGGAAGAGAAGGAUUGCAGUAGUGCAACCAGAAAAGCAGUUACCAUCCACAGUGCCUGUUGAGAAAAUACCUCAUGACCUCUGCCCAGUUCCUCAGCCAGACACAACAGGCACCAUCAAUGGGAGAUACUGCUGCCCCCAGCUCUACAUCAACCACCGCUGCUUCUCAGGUCCAUAUUUAAACAAAGGCAGAAUAGCAGAGCUACCUCAGUCUGUCGGGCCUGGCAAGUGCGUGCUGGUCCUCAAAGAGGUUCUCAGCAUGGUGAUCAAUGCAGCUUACAAGCCAGGGAGUGUUUUACGAGAACUGCAGCUAGUGGAAGACCCUCAGUGGAAUUUCCAAGAGGAAACACUUAAAGCGAAAUACAGAGGGAAGACAUACAGGGCAACCGUUAAGAUUGUGCGGACAUCAGAUCAGGUAGCAGAUUUCUGCAGAAGAGUCUGUGCAAAGUUGGAGUGCUGCCCCAACUUGUUCAGUCCUGUGCUGGUGGCUGAGGUCUGCCCAGAGAACUGCUCCAUUCACACUAAAACCAAGUACACUUAUUAUUAUGGGAAGAGGAAAAAAAUCAUUAAGCCACCAAUUGGGGAAAAUAACAACAUGAAAAGUGGACAUGUCAAGCCAGCCAGACGCAGAAAAAGGCGGAAAUCAAUCUUUGUGCAGAAGAAAAGGAGGUCAUCAGCUGUCGACUUGAAUGCUGCAGGCUCUGCAGAGGAGAGUGAAGACGAUGAGCCGGAUGCGAUGGAGGAUGAGACAGGAAGCGAAGAAACCAGCUCAGAGCUCCGGGAUGACCAGACAGAUACUUCUUCUGCCGAGGUCCCCUCCACCAGGCCUCGGAGGGCAGUCACUUUGAGGAGCAGCACUGAGUCUGACAGACCUCCUCCCGCAGAGAGAGCCCGACGGAGCCGGAGACCACAGCCCCACUCCUACAGUGAGGUGGAGAAGUGUGUGCAAGUCAAGGAAGAAAUUAAGCAAGAAGAGGAAGAGAAGCUCAUUCUGGACAGUAAUCCCCUGGAGUGGACCGUGACUGAUGUUGUGAGGUUUAUUAAACUGACUGACUGUGCACCCCUUGCCAAAAUAUUUCAGGAGCAGGACAUUGAUGGCCAAGCCCUUCUACUGCUGACACUGCCUACAGUGCAAGAGUGCAUGGAGCUGAAGCUUGGUCCAGCUAUCAAACUGUGUCACCAGAUUGAGAGAGUAAAAGUUGCUUUCUAUGCACAAUAUGCCAACUGACUGCACUUCUCCAUUUCUUUCUGUCCUCCUCCUUGCUUCCUCUUUUUUCUAACAGUUCGACUUAAAGGGUUUUGUUUCCUCUAUCUGCUUUCCUUUCCAAGGACACAUGAAAUUGGAAGCACUGGGAAUUCAUCUGUAGGGAAGAAAACAAAAACCCAAACACCAAAAAAAACCCAAAGCAAAAUGAAAAACAAACCCAUGAGAGACAACUAGCAACAAGUGGAACUAAUUGUUCUAUACUCAUGAAGCACACCAAAAGACUGCCAGCAUCUCUCGUCGUGAGCUUCUCCAACCUGUUGUACAGUGGUGCAAGGCCAGCAUGAAUCAGAUGGUUUCUUGUUCAUUUAAACAGAGCUACUGAUGGCAGGCACAUUGCCAAGGAGAAAAUUCAGACAUUUGCAGGUGAUGAUGUUGAGGUAUUGGAACAUGUCCAGAGAAGGGCAAUGAAGCUGGUGAGAGGCCUGGAGCACAGCCCUGUAAGGAGAGGCUGAGGGAGCUGGGGAUGUGCAGCCUGGAGAAGAGGAGGCUCAGGGGGGACCUCAUUGCUGUCCACAACUACCUGAAGGGUGGGGUUGAUCUCUUCUGCCAGGCAACCAGCAACAGAACAAGGGGACACAGUCUCAAGUUGUGCUUGGGGGAGGUCUAGGCUGGAUGUUAGGAGGAAGUUGUUGGCAGAGAGAGUGAUUGGCAUUGGAAUGGGCUGCCCAGGGAGGUGGUGGAGUUGCUACCCCUGGAAGUGUUGAAGCAAAGCCUGGCUGAGGCACUUAGUGUCAUGGUCUGGUUGAUUGUCUAGGGCUGGGUGCUAGGUUGGCCUGGUCCACCUUGGGGGUCUCUUCCAACCUGGUUGAUUCUAUGAUGGCUUGUCUAGGCCAGUUUCUGAACAUGAACAUUUCUUUAAACCUACUCUGUCCCACUUCUUCAUAUUGAAAUGGAAGUCAUCAUCAUUUCUAGUGUUACCUGGGGUUCACUGCAAAGUCUGAUCUUAGUGUUCACCAGGGCUUUUUAAUCCCUUCUCUCCAGUCUUACAAAAGGCGAAAGUGUCAGAUGAGUCAUGUGCUGUUCAUUACACCCAAGUGAUUUAUGAAGGAAAACUCAACUCAUGGUUUCUAUAUAGCAUCAGACAAAGCUACAGUGAACUGAUGGGAGUGGGCCCCUCAAUUUAAGAAAGAUGUUGAGGUGCUUGAACAUGUCCAGAGAAAGGCAACAAGGCUGGUGAGGGGUCUGGAACACAGCCCUGUGAGGAGAGGCUAAGGGAGCUGGGGGUGUGCAGCCUGCAGAAGAGGAGGCUCAGGGCUGACCUCAUUGCUGUCUACAACUGCCUGAAAGGAGGUUGUAGCCAGGCAAGGGUCAGUCUCUUCUCCCAGGCACCCAGUGACAGAGCAAAGGGACACAGUCUCAAACUGCAUCAGGGCAGGUGUAGGCUGGCUAUUAGGAAGAAGUUCUUUGCUGAAAGGGUGAUUGCCCAUUGGAAUGAGCUGCUUGGGGAGGUGGCGGAGUCACCCCCCUGGAAGUGUUUAAUAGGAGGCUGGAUGAGGCACUUAGUCCCAUGGUUUAGUUAAUUAGAAGGGCUAGGUGAUAGGUUGGACUUGAUGAUCCCAGAGGUCUUUUCCAACCUGAUUAAUUCUGUGAUUCUGUGAGUGCAACAAGACCUCGUGCUCAGUAACACAUCACAAGCACAGUGAGGUGCAUGGCUCUCUGGUGGGAUCUGUACAGUACUUCAUUUUUGUGCAGGAACAUGCAUGAAAACUACUAGAGUCAAGCCCAUCCUCCUAAAUCCAAGCCACUUGAAAGACCUGACUUUGAGUCCUACAGAGUGGAAAAAUACCAGACUCAUUCAGUUUUAAUAAUGAGGCUGAAUGCUGUUUCCAUUUGCAUCUCCAUGAAUAUAUUGCUGAGUGGGAAUGUAAAGCAUCAGUCUUUUCAGGCUGUGUGAGCCAUGAUGCUUUAGACUAGAUGAUCCAGCCCAACACAGUCUAUAUCUAGUCAGCAGAUAGUCCCAGUGGUGCUGUGACUAUUGAAACUAGGGACUUGCUUCGUGCCAAGCACGGUAAGCACCAGAGAGGAUGGAGAAAUGGGUUGGACACUUUGGGUUUGCCUCAGUUGUGGUUUUAAGGUAAUUAUUUCCCAUUAUUUCCCACCAGCCUCAUGUGCUGAGCCUGGAUUUGCUGUAACUUGGAAGCUGGUGGCAUAACAGUGAUACAAAAUUCUUCCAAAAAGGAGAAUCAAAUUGGGGCCAAGUCUGAAUUUUGCUCUGACUUUAAGGUGCAAGUGAAUCUCUCUCUCUUUCAAAACAUGAAUUGGGUGGGUCAUGCAGAGUUUUAGCCUGAUUUCAUAGGAAGCCACAGGCUUCUGUUCCCAAACCAUCAACAGACUCUUGUUUCCUGGCCUUGGGAACUUACCUUGGAAGUGGUACAGCUCUGUUACAGCAGUCUGAUGCUGAAGCCCAUUCAAUGAAGACUUUCUCAAAGAGAAAUUACAUUUUUAGCCCUAAAUCUGAAGUCAAUGCUUGUGACUAGGUAACUCCCAUCUCAAGCACAUACUGUAUGGUGACAGCAAACUUGGAUCAGGUGAUCCUGUUGACCACCUUGUUCUCUGAAGAACCUACCAACUGACACCAGGCUAUAGCUGCUGCUUCCCCUUCAUCAAUUUCAUCCUUAAGUCCAUCAGGUUAAAGGGGGAAAGCCUCAGAGAUAAAUAUUCUGGACUACAUCUGAAUCUUCCCUAGAACAUGCUUUGGGCAGCAAGUAUUGACUUAAUCACUGGGCAAUUUCUAGUCUCUCUUCCACUGAGUUCCCUGCUCUGCCACUGAGGAAUGUGGCAGGCUUGGCCAUAUCCUGUCAACUCCUGGCACUUCAUAAAAAAAUUGCUGACAUGGAAGAGCAGCAGGACUGGAUCUGUUCUGAGCUGUUGUCUUGUGCUGAAGGUUGUCUCAUCUGAGCUUUAAUCAUCUGAAGUGAAAAGCAUCAAAUGAUUUUCUUUUGAUUUUCAGAAGUGCAGGAACAGGGUCUUGCAGCAGUGCAGACAUUAAAAAAACUUGAGGUUUAGACUGGAUUUCCUACUACCAGUAGCAGUGGACCAUGUCUGUGCAACUGAUUUGAUAACUCCUUUGGAGCCCUCUUAGAGCCCUCUGAAGAUGUGUCUUCGUGUUUCACCUCUGAAGACAAAAGAAUCGUGCCCAGCGAAAUGAGAGCACAGCUGGGAAGAACAAGGAGGGUGCCUCUCCCAGCUCCUUCAUGUUUCAGCUCAGUCCCUCCAAUGGCUUGUACAAUGUCUGCCAGCAGGGACAUAGCUCCCAAGAGACUGCUGUCAGGAGAGAUGGCAUAUGAGGACAUUUCAAGGAAGGAAAGCAGGAAGGCACAGAUCAUUUACUUACCACAUCCGUCUUCUUCUGAGCAUCAGUUGUUGCUCUGACAUUCUCAAGAGUUUCUGGCCACUGGCCUUUGUCAGAGAUGUUUAACACUUCCUGGGACAUGUUGCAUAAACCUCAUUGUUUUCUCCAUCAACCUUGUAACUGUAGAUAUUCCUAUGGCAGCUAACUACUCAAGGAGGUACAGUUGGGGAGUAGACUCUGAAAGCAACCAGCUGUGAUGUUGGCCAACCAGGGGGUGGGUGAAGCAUUGAGUGAAGCUCAAUGGGAGUCUUUACUUGUUGUUCAGGGAAGUUAAAUCAUAUUUAAAACUUAACAAUUAAACAAACAAACAAACAAAAAGAGUUUUAAUUUUAUCAUGUGCCAGCUUUUUAUUUCCUCAGGUUUCUCUCUCCUUGUCAUUUCUCUUUCAGUUUAUCGUUCUUCAGUGCUGUCUCACCACUCUCUGACUUUUUGGAGGAGAUGAUAACCUGAAGUAUUUUUUUAUUUACCUUAGGUGGUAAAAUGCUUUAUUAUUUUGUUUAGUCUGCAGGUUGGGAAGAAACAGGGGAUUGGGCUGCUGUUGUCUGUUGCACUGAUUGCCUUCCAGAAAAGCUGGAGCUGAACUUCUUAGACAAUUUCUUAAGCGAAUGGAAAAUGGACAAUGUGUAGAUUAACUGGACAGUAUGCUCAGGGUGUCACAGCAUGAGCAGCAAUCAGAAGCAACUCCUUAACUCUUGCCUCGACUUCAUUUCAAUUCUGGAAUGUUAACAAGGCUAAAAUGCAUUUCAAAGGAGAUGUUGGAAACCCAAUCUUGCUAGGGUAGAAUGUCACUGCACUUGGCAGUGUAGAAGUAUAAGCCUGUGGAAGGUUUGAUUCUUUUUUCCAACCUCAGUUCCAAGUUAAAUUCAGAGCUGAUCCAACUUGACAGAUACAUCAAUGACACUGGUGAAGACACAUCUUCUUCCCACCCUGUUCUGAACUUGGCAGCCAGGCCUGAAGUUUAUUUUCUUGUCAGCUACAAAACGCUGCCAUGGUGAAGUGCUGAAUUCAUGAUUGUCCACGACCAUUACCAAGGGCUGAGGAGCAACCCUGCUCUUGCUGUUGGAUGCUGAACUUCAGUCCAUUUACACAGGCCACUUUGCUCCCACAAGAAGGGUGUGCAGGCACAUGUUAUUGGUCACUUUUCAGACAUGGGACCAAGAACGAGUAUUUCUGGAGCGAAAGUACUGGAUUAAAAAGCAUGUGGGACUUCCUUAUCUUCAUAUGAAUUGAAUUCUUUUGAGCUUCCUCUCAGUCAGAUCUUUGCUCACCUCCCAGCCUUCAGUAAAGUCAGAAAUCAGGACAAAUGGUUACACAGCAUGUCAUCAGUGAAGCAUCUCUCAGACGCAUGUCCUAGCUGAGACGGUCUGGCCCACAGUGUCAGUGGUAUUUCAGUGCCUCCCUGGAUUUAGCAAGUUUCUCAGACACCUAAACCCCAUCAAAUAUUUCACUUUGAGUAAACAACUAAUUUGCCUUAAACUGGAAAGUCACCAUUCGUUGUCUUUAACCUUCAACCUUUUGCAACUCCUCAGCCGUGCAGUGUGGAGGAAAACACCAUCUCAUCUCUCCAAACACAGCCCAGACACUGUUGGACUGCCACAAUUGACAUUUGAUCACCUGAAAAGCCUACCUUAGCCUUUGCAGGACACAAAAUUGGAUUUGGCAGAGCUGCAGUGCCACCUCAAUGUUUUAGAACCUCAGUACCAUCAAGGGCACUUAGAAUGCUUAUCGCUGUUCUGGUGCAACAUGUCUGGAAAACGAUGAACUCAGACUGCUCCUCUCCCUUCCACAUUCAAGUGCUGAAAGAGAAGAACAUGCUGCAACUAAGCAGCCUUAAAACCAGCUUUAUUACAGGUGGAUAAAUACAGUCUCAAGGGCUCCAUUUUGGUGCUAUGUCAUGCUGUAUUUUCCAUUGCUUGGGAUUACAAAACUGAUUCUCUGCUCCAGGAGAUGUUUUGUGCAAUCAGCGAUGUCUUAAGCAUUAGGAUUUGGGUUUUUUUUUUCUUGUGGCUGUAGACUUUUGAAGUCAAGAGACACUCAACAAAUACUCUCCCCCCAAAUCAUGUGAGUUUUGGAGCAGUUUUAUACAGUGUAUUUAUGUGAAAACUCUUUCCAAACGUGAGUGCAUGUGUGUUUUCUCCUCAGUAAUACUCCUCAUCCCAUCAGCUGAUCCAGAACUAAGAGAAUCUGUUAGUCAGGGUUUGAUCCAGAGUUAACCAAGGUUAGUGGAAAGGCCUUCACGGUUGUGUGGGUUGUGGGACCAGGUCUUCACCAAAUUUUUUUCACUUAGAAAUCACAAAGUGUGCAGUAAAUCAACCUAAAAUUCAAACACCUAAAAUUCAAAGCCAUCUUAAAUCUGCCAGCUUUAACAGGUGGGGGAUCAUGCCCUGAGGUGCUCAUGAACUCAAGAAUAAAGGAACAGACAUGUGUAAUAUUCUCAUUUAUUUGUUGGUACAACACUCCAGCAAGAAGUGCAAAUGAUCUUAAGGGCUGCAUCUAGAAUAUGAGGCAGUCACCAGAGAUGAGAGUCCUGUAAAUGCCAGCUGUUCUGCAGAAGAAGAGUGGUCUGCCCUGGUUUGGUGCCAUGGAAUUCUCUUGCAGAAGAGGACAUCUGAACUGCACAAACCCAACAGCAAUACUGUUGCUGGACAGGUCAUGAAGCCUAAGCAGCCUAAUGCACCAGGUCAGUUUCUAUGUGGUUACCUACCCACAGGUAUUCCUGGUCCUGAUGACUGCCAAAGAUGGUGAAGAGAGGUGGGAGGGCUUCAGGGAAGGGGAAAUGUGUGGGUUGUAGGACUGAGAUAUAUUUGUGGAGAGGGACUUCUCGUGACAGGGAAGCACAGCUGUGGUCCAUGAGCAUCAUUCCUGAGAGUUUCUCUGAGUCUUUUGCAGAGCCAGUAUGCUUUGAGUCCCAACAGAGCCUUGGUGAGAAGAAGGAAAGGAGCUGUUAAUACACUCAGAGCUAUAAUGCUGAAUGGUUCAUAUCUUGUUUUCCUGGUGGAGAUACAGAAAAAUGCCUCAGAUUACUCUAGGCUCCUUGACUGGACAGUAGGGAAGGAUCAGUCUUUCUUCCUUGUGCCUAGCUCCUCUGUGUCUCCUGAGUUUGGGGCUGAAGAACCUCAUUUUGAACCUCUAAGACCUACAUAGGAAGUGUCAGGAGCUAAAGCAUGAGCUCUGCCCCAUAAAAAGAAGUUACAUUGCCAGGAGUUUAGGUGUGGGUCUACAAAACUCUCUUGCUCUGUGUUACAGUUUGACAAAAAAUAGUCACUCCACCUGCUUGUUGCUUGUCCAUUCUCACUAGAGAGAUGCUUAUAAAUACAUGCAGUAAAUUUCCCAAUCCCUCUUCUGACAAACCUGACCAGGAUGUGCUGACACACGUGGUUAUUCUGGCAGCCUACACCUUCAGGGACCUGCUUGCUAGAAAGCACUAACCCAGGGAAAGGUAUCAUAACACUUUGAUGUACACAGGCAGAGAUGUCAAGUACAGCCAGGCAUUUGCAUCUCAGUAUAUCUAGGGUAGGGUGUCCCUGCCCAUGGCAGGGAGGUUGGAACUAGAUGAUCCUUGUGGUCCCUUCCAACCCUGACUGAUUCUAUGAUUCGCUGCAGUAUGGUCCAACAGAGGUGACAGUCUCAAUGGCAGGCUUUGAAUGGAAUUGAGUCUUCUCAUGUACCAUGGUAGAACAAGAUAAAGCACUUAAACCCUCCUGUCUCUCCUGCAACAACAGGAAUUAUCUCCACAACCAGCCCAUUGGAAAACCUUUGACUUGUUUUGCAUUCCAGUUUGUACUGAAGAUUUGACUCUUAACUUUGUGUCUAAACCCUUUGGUGUGUCCCAAAUAUGUCUCUAUAUAUAUGUAUAUAUAUAUAUGUGUGUGUAUAUGUCUGUGUAUAUAUAUAUAUACAUAUCAAUCAAUCAAUGCUGGUGUUUUUACUUUUUCAAGGUCACAGGGCAAAGGGCAUGUUGUUAGUUUGCUGUAAGAUUUCUCUCCUGUAUAUAUGUUUUCAUGUAAAUAAGUGAAAAAUCUAUAUUCAGAGUUAUAUUUUAAUUUUUAUUCCAAAAGGAAAGAAAUCCCCUUUUUACUUGAAACAAUUGUAAGCCACAUUGUUAAUAAAGGAACACUAAAUCCUCUCUGGCAUCUAUCUCCAGGA